AUGGGGUUCAAGAUAAAAUUCAAGAACCUACUGCGCGCCGCGGGAAGCAGCCGAUACGGCGGCGCCGCCACCGAGGCUGCACCGACGACGCCACCACGGGUUCCGCUCGCACCACCGCCCGCAUCGCCCACCUCGCCGCCCCCGCUUCAGGCGCCACGACCCCCUCCGCGCCCCGCCGGCAAGGACACGGAUGAAGGACCGGACGAUGAGGAUUGGCAGGAGGUGGCAGAUGAUGAGGAUGAUGGACCGGACGAUGAGAAUUCUCAGGAGGUGGCAGACGAUGAGCGCAAAAACUGGAAGCAACUUCUGGAUGGCAAGCGAACAUACCUCCGACCACCAAGGGAGCACCAUGUUGUCAGUGAUGUUUUCAAGUGUCCGGAUACUCGUAAAGCUGCAUUAGGACGCCAGAAACGACUCUCGCGUUUGGUUGAGAAACAUUCAAAGAAUUUCUUCAAGGAAAAGAUCAAGAUUCUCUGUCAGCAUUAUGCGCACUUCAGAAGAACUCGUGGAGAUGGCAGCUGUUUCUACAGGGCAUUCUUAUUCUCCUACUUGGAAAACCUUGGAUUAAUGCAAGAUAGUCAAGCUGAAGUUACUCGUCUAAUGGAACAUGUGGCUAUGUCCAGAGAGAAUUUCUGUCGUCUGAAAUGGGAUAAAGCAUACUUCUUAAAUCCUGAAGAAUACUUUUCAAGUGUUUUUUCUGAGUUCAGUCAUUUGGUCAACUCAGUUGCGAAUGGUCUGAGUUCUGAUGAGCUGUACAAUAGAAGUAUACAGGAGAUCGUGCCACUCAGGAUUAUUUCUUUGCUAAGAUUGCUGGCAGAGACUGAGAUCCGAUCACGAGAAGACGAUUUCAAAUCACUUCUCCCAAAAGAAAUGGAUGCCCUUACGUAUUGCUGCAAAGAGCUGCGUCCUCUGGAUGUUGAAGCUGAGGUGCUACCAAUGAGGGCUCUAACAUAUGCGCUUGGCAUUCCGUUGCAUGUCGAAACUGUGGGCGAAGGUUCGAAUCGCGGAAUUCAAGUGGAGCGCCUUGAUUUAUUCCCCCGGUCGGAAUCGGGGAAGGGUCCUCUUCAUUUGGUACAAAGCUACUGGUCAUCCAUCACAACCCCUGAACCACAUGAGAUCGGAAGUGGCAACUUGUUAUCAUCUGACAGCACACCUUUGCUGACAUUGUUGUGUAGGCCUAGGCACUGUGACAUUCUUUAUCGCAGUGAACAAAACUAA